AAAACUUCCUUCCCUCCUAAAAUCGGGGCUAUAAAAGGGCAAACGUCCGCUCUAUCAUCUUCAGUCCCAUUUCCAAAGACCAUGGCAGCUUCCAAAGAUAUAGUCGCUGUUUCCGCUCCCUCCCAAACCAUUCUCCUCCCUGAAGCAGAUUCUCAGCUCUCAGCUCUCAUCUACGAUGUCUCGCAGCAGGCGCAAGCAGCAAUGGAGAACAUGCUUAAGAUGAUAAAUGAAAUAGAUCAAAGCUCUGUGGGGAUAAUGGAAGAGAUAGAGAAGUGCAAGGAGUCAGCUGUUGAGCGGAAGAAAAUCUUAGAGGAUGAGAAAGGUCAUUUCCAGAAGGCCGCUUUCACUGUGCUAGAGAUGCUCAAUGCAGGAGAGAUCAGUUAAAAGCUGUCACACGAUGAAUGGAGUGGUAUAAGAGUUGACAAAAGAUAAUACAAGUGUACAGUUGUUGGGCAAUUUGUGCCAAGUUGUGAUAUUGGAACAAUUUGGAUGAAGGUGAUACAUGACAAUGAGUCUGUCUUCUUUAUAUCAAGAGGUGCACUGUCAUUUUCAUCAAGGGGUAGACAAUACAGGAAAACUAGUAGUCAGUAGCAGAUAGCAUAUCAUAUUUUUUGAUGCCAUUUGAUUCAGGUCAAAUGAUGUCUACAAGCACACUGAAGCACAAUGAAGUAUAUUACUCUGCAUAAUGCUGAGAAUGUCUUUUACAUUAUGUUCCAUCUUGAUGAAUAAUUGAAUGAAGAUCCUUUGUCCUAUAAUUGAUUUCAAAGGACAGAAAGUGCA